CGUUACCUCACCUACCACACACCCUAGGGCGGUUCAUCAAGACCAUUCUCAUUACAUUGUCCAAGCUUCAAACAGUUGUGUUAGAUUUCGUAGAACAAUGUCACAAACAAAAAAACCAAAUUACCAAACUCACGUAGUAUCAAAAAACAAAAUUACUAACUCAUGUGGUCGUUACACAUCACUAUCUUUGUUCAAACAUUUCGCUGAACUUGUUGAAUACCAUUUCUUCACCUAAUUCUGUGCUGGUGCGCCUCACCUGCUCAACGAAAUUCCUCAACCAAAUCUUCCAGUCCUAACCCAAGUGUUUCUUUAAUCUUUUCCAUACACCUAUUAUAAAUUACUUUGAAUUGAACAGUUUUCCUGAUGAAAAUUGUAUUGCUUUGGUAACCCAUUGAUGGCUUUGAACGGUGUUGUUAAGCUGGGGAGUGUUGUUCCUCAACUGGGUUGGGGAGAAUUGAGUUUAAAGCCUUCUGGGUUUGUGUGUUAUCAGGUGAAAGACAAGGAGGGAGUUCGUAAAUGGGAGUGUCUUAAUGGGUUUUUGAGUUUAUCAUCAACCCACCAGACAAUAGGAUCUGUGGAUGAUGAUGAGAAGUCGUCAAGUUCGGCUACUGAAUUGCAGAGGGUGGUUGAUCAGACAGAAGGAAAUGGCUCCAGGAGGUUGCAGAAUGAUUCAACUUCUCUUCCAAGUUCAUCAAGUGAGAUAUUUGCAUCCUCAAGCAUCCCAACAUUGUCAAAUGAAUCAAAUGUGUCACCCGUAAUAUCUCAUAACUUGGUCUCUCCUUCAAGGUAUUGUGGGGUUCUACUUGAUAAAAGACGGAGGUUGCUAUGAACAAAAACCAAGUCCUCUGCACAUUUGGGGUGUCAUCUUGUUUCUUCUCAUUGAAUAGAUAAAAGAGUAUAUACUCCAAUUCUUCUCAGCACAUGACGAAGAAGAAGGUUGCACAAGUACCCUUAAAGCCAAAGAUUGAAGAGUGGGUGCAGAUGUACCAUGAACAACCCAGCAACUAUGAGGAUCCAUAUCACAUCUAUCUCCAAUGGAAUCAAUUUCAGCAAAUGGCCCCUAUUUGGUUGAGAACUUGGCAUACUCCAAAUUUGCUCUAAUGCGCUUCAUUGGAUCAUCAAAGAACCUUUUCAAACACUUUUUUCUCUCAAGGCAGACCUCCUCAUCCCUAUGUGGGGGAACUCAGCUUGGAUCCUCAUGAAGCCACACAUCACUAUAAUACUUAAAAUGAAAAAAAUGUACUACUCAUUAUAAAUGUGAAAGAAUAAUAUUAAGCUUAAAUUAAUAAAAAUAGUAAAUUGUGUUGUAAUCACCUUGCAUUCAAUGAGUGUGCCAAGCAAUAAAGUGGUGAGUUGUUCUUGUUCCACCGGUCUACAAGAAUCUGAUGUACUACAUUAUAGAAUGUAGACUCUUCUUCUAAUCACUUUCCUUCAUGCUUAUAUAUCACCAUCUUCACUUUUUUCUAUCAUUGUAUCCCACAUGUCAUAUACUAAGUGAAGAGAAGGUCUAUUGGUGUCACAAACUCUAAUCAUGUCAUAAAUAGGAGCAGUAAAGGAAAGUAUGUAGUCGAUUUGAUCCUACCAAAAGUCAUCUAACAACUUAUCCUUCACAAACCUAGCAUUACCAAUAUCAUCGUCCCUAUAACAAUUCCAUUUGUCACUGAUUACCAUUGUUUGGAUACCUUGCUUUAUCAACUUGACCCUCUUAAGCAUGACAAUGGAAGAAGCAAAGCAUGUCUCGGCAACUGAAAGAAGUUUCAAACUCACAAACUCAUUGUACAUUGCCAACCUCAUGAAAUGAUUACAAAUAAAUUUCUCGAUCAUCAUCACAUCACC